AUGGGAGUGAUCUUGAUGGCCACCCAGAGGUACAAAAUGAAUAUCUGUUUCUCCUUCCUGAAAAUGAUGAUGUUUGUAUUUAAUGGAGUGAUCUUUCUAGGGGGCCUAGUUUUGCUGGGCAUUGGUAUCUGGGUGAAGGUAGAUGGUGAUUCCUUUGAGAAGAUCCUUGGAGUUGCUUCACCGCAAAUGUUGCUUCUUCUCCAUGUGGGUUACCUAUGCAUAACAGUUGGCAGCAUCCUUUUCAUCAUGGGCUUUUUGGGAUGCUGGGGAGCUGUGAAAGAAAAUAGAUGUCUUCUGCUGGUAUUUUUUGCAGUUAUACUGGUAAUCUUCACAGCAGAAGUGGCAUGUGCUGUUGUGGUGCUGAUUUUCUCCACUGUGACAUCUAUAUUUGUUGAACACUUGAAAAACUGGGCCAUGAAGACUUUAAAAGAAGACUAUGGGAGGCAAGAAGACCUCACAGCCAUUUGGGACACUACAAUGAAACAGCUGAAAUGCUGUGGAUUCAACAACUAUGCAGAUUUCAACAGUUCCUACUUCUAUCAAACUCAUAAGAAAUAUCCUUCUCUUUGCUGCCUAUCCAGCAAAGAAUGCCAACAAUUUGAAAUCGACCAUAAUAAGCAGGGUUGCUUGUUUGAAUUUGAGAUGUUUCUGAACCACAAUGGGAAGAUUGUUGGAGGAGUGGCUCUAGCAGUUGGGAUAGUUGAGAUGGCUGCUAUGGUUGUCUCCUUGAUCCUCUAUUUUCAUAUAGGUACAAAGGUCUGAAGCAAAAUGCCAUCUCCUGGCCUGAUCAAGCACCAGCCAAGUCAAUCUCUGUGCCUGUGGUGAAGAGACAGGACAAUUGUCCAUGUUCAUAAAUGGAAAAAAGCAGUAUCUUUCAGUGGUUCUGUAUAGCUAUAGAGCUGGCACACCUUGAACCUUUUUGAUAAUGGUAUUGAUUGAUCAUUAAUUUCCCCUUACUAUUAUAAAUGGUAUAAUAGUUAGACAUGCCAAGAAAAUAAAUUGGCUUUACCUACUACUAUUUAUUCUAUGUGGUGGGAAGCCCAGGAAAUUUUUAGAAGGAACUUUGAAAAACAACAUUAAAUAUGUUUGAAUGUUAUUUGUAAGGAUAUGUGCACAAGGCUUAGCAGACCUGAUGAGAAUGAGCACAGGGAAACAGUAUCAUUCCUAAAGCAGAUCAGGAAUGCAGCUAUAUAAAGUGUCUGUAAUUCCCUGUUUGGAAACUUUGAAUUGGAGCCAGGAAGAAUUGGUUCCCAGAAGUGACACAGUUAAGAGCCAGUGGUGUCAAAAUAUUUCAUGACAAACCUUUAGUACAGGUCUCAUGGAAUGGUUUGAAAAUAUACUGCAUGAGAUAGCAACUUAAAUGGCAAAUAGGCAAAUUUGCUGAUGCAGACGUUGUGUCACUAAUAAUAAUAUAAUUCUCAAGCACUUUUUAUUAUAAUCUAACUCCUUUUGCCAUAAUUAUUUAUACAAUGUUGAUGCAAGCUUUUACUACUCAGUGAUUCUUUAUUCUGAAAGACAAAAUAUACUGUAACUUCAAAUUAAAGAAACAUGUGCUAUACUUUUUAUAUGUCACUAGGUGAUUAAUCUUUAGGAGUUAUUUUGAUUUCAUUAUGUAGCUAAGAUUUCAGAGUUUGAUUUAAGUAACAAAAAUAUUAGCUAAUGCUGUAUUAGAUGAAUUAGUAGACAAUUUUAAUUAAUGAAGCCAUGAACUAGGAGGUUUAUUAUUAUUUUUUUGAUAUGGCAUAAUAGGGAAUGAAAAAAGGAAAAUGAACUUUAUUAUUGUGAUCUGUUGCAAGUCAGCCAAAUAUUUAGACUGGAUU